CGCUAUGUGCAAAAUUGCCUCUACAGAUUGCUUAUGCUUGCUGUGAGGAAUUAUUUCAGAAAGCUGGAUAGUGAAAGUGGAUGACGUGAGUUGUCUUCCAUGUUUGGCGUCUUCAGUCUGAUCUUACAGACUGACAGUAGAGCCAUGCUCGUGCAGUCUGACAUGCUACAAUGGAGGAUUAUUAAAAAUUGCACCAUCUGAGCUGGGCUUUAGAGAGAGAAAACAAUUGAGACAAAAGGACUCGCUACAGCAGCAGGAACCUGGUGAAAGGCCGCUGGUCAAAUUUCUCUGCGGCGAGCGCCAUUCAUGCCUGCUUUUCUCUGGACUCGAACCCAAUCGUCGUGGUCAACUCAUCUCUGCAUCUCAAAUCCUCCGAUGUACACGGCGAGCUACUCGACAAACUGGUAACAGCAGAAAAGCAGUCCACGCAGAGAUAAACAGCUCGUAGCGGUCGUUUUAAAGACGAAAUGGAGCCAUAGCAGGAACGACACUUUCUUGAAAAGUGGCACUUUCUGGCCUUGCUUUCUUGGUGGUUAUGGAAAUCACGGGGACCUCUAGUGGAGAACAAUCAAAUUUCUCAAGAGGCUUAACUUUGUGCUUGUGCUUGGUAAUAGUCCCACUGUUUGCUGUAGCCGUAGGAGUGUUUUAUCAGGACUAUGGCCAACAAAAUUUGAAUUCCAACUAUUCCAGUGGUUUGCAACUAUUCCAUUUAGAUGAACCGCUCCGGAUUAUUUUGGUCGGAGUGACAGGAGCAGGAAGAAGUGCCUCAGGCAACACCAUCCUUGGAAAGAAAGUAUUUCAAUCGGAGAUCUCCUCUUCCUCUGUGACUAAGCGAUGUGAAACUAGUAAUGCAAUAGUACAUGGAAGAAAUAUAUCAGUUGUGGACACCCCAGGCCUGAUUGACAGCAGCCUAACAAGAGAUGAGCUGAUGGACAGAAUUAAACAAUGCCUUCCUCUCUCAGCUCCUGGUCCACAUGUGUUUUUAGUUGUGAUUCAGCUUGGCAGAUUCACUGAUGAAGAAAAAGAAGCUGUUAAAACCAUUCAAAACAUUUUUGGUGAAGAGUCCUCCACGUACACCAUGGCUCUGUUCACUCAUGGAGAUCAACUGAAGGGCAAAAAUAUUCACAGAUUUAUACGGGACAGUCCUAAACUGCUCCGCUUCAUCAAAACCUGUGGUGGAAGAUUCCAUGUUUUUAAUAAUGAAGACCAGAAUCCUGAACAAGUCCUAAAGUUGUUUGACGAUGUUGACAAAAUAGUGACAGGCAAUGAGGGCCAACAUUACAUCAGUGAGAUUCUGGAGCGAGAGAGGGCGAUCGAGGCUGAAAAACAGCACAUCCUGAGAGAGAAAGAGGAAGACAAGAAGAAGGAAACGGAAGCUCUGAAAGCUACUCUUGAACGUGUAGCAUUUUUAAAGGCAAAAGAAAAACUGGACAACAUGUAUGAACAGCAGGCACGAUGGCAAGCUGUGCAAAAGAUUGAUGUGCAGAACGGUUGGUCAUUUCUUGAUAAAGUAAAAACUUUUUUCAAAAGAAUCUUGAAACUUAAAGAGUGUGUGAAAGAUUUAAUCUUUGUGAUUAGCGUUGUAGCUAAUACAUUCUGAAACCUGAAGAAAAAAACAACUAUCAAAUCAGAUUAAAUCUUUCAGAUUUACUAUCUGGUUGUGCAAUAAUAUGAAGAUAUUGUCAGGAAUUUGUAAUUGUCAAUUAUUUAAGCUGUCCUGAGAGACGCAUUCACACAUUCACCACUAUUUACAGCACAGCUAUUUAGCUCAAAAGAGCACCAUAAUAUAUGUAGCCUAGACAAAGUCUUUCAUUAAUCUCUUUUACGAUAAACCUGCAAACUAUUUCCAUUUAAGAAGACAUGCUGCACUCAGUUGCAGAGAAGCCUGUGUUUAGCAUGUACUGUUGUAUCUACUGAAAUUAUAACAAAAAUAUAGCUGUUGUGGCAGUGUAUAAUGCAAAUCUUCAAAUAUAAACCCAAAUAGUACUUUAUGUAUUUGUACAGAAAAUGUAAGGACUUUUCUAAUCAUAAACUACUGAAUGCUAAUGUGGAAAUGUAGCCCUCCAUUUUGUUUAUGAAGUAAACAAUAUGGUAGCUGUACAUAUGUGUUUAGAACUGGAUGUUACUGUACAGAGUGAUUUGUAUGUCCUUUUUUCAUGCUGUUAUUUAUCAUACAAACAAAUAAAACAGGUGCUUUUGUACUAA